GGAAGAUGUAUUAAAGAGUGAGAUAUGGAAGCUAUCAGAACAUCAAUCUGGUAUAAUCCCAGCUCUACAAUUGAGCUACCAUCAUCUUCCUCUGCAUUUGAAGCGAUGUUUUGCGUAUUGCGCCAUUUUUCCCAAGGACUACGAGUUUGAAAAGGAAGAAAUAAUCUUGCUAUGGAGAGCACAAGGGUUUCUACAGGAAGCACCAGAAAAACAAAUCACUGAUGAUUUGGGUCACAAGUACUUCAGAGAUCUAGUAUCCAGGUCCCUUUUGCAAAUAUCCAUCAAAGACAAUUCUCGAUUCGUUAUGCAUGACCUUAUUAAUGAUUUGGCUCAAUCAGUUGCUGGAGAAAUAUGCUUUAAGAUAGAGGGUAAUCAACAAAUUUCGAAGCAUGCUCGUCACUUAUCUUACAUUGCCAAUGAGUAUGAUGGCAUCAAAAAAUUUGAAGGCAUUUAUGAAGCGCAACAUUUACGAACCUUUUUGCCAUUGAGGUUAUGCGAUAAUUGUCAAAGCCAUAUAACCUAUAGCUUUUUGACCAAUGAUGUUCUAAUGUAUUUGUUGCCAAAUUUAAGAUGCUUAAGAGCGCUUUCUUUAGAAGGGUACCAUAUCACCAGGUUAUCAGAUUUUUUGAAAGAUUUGAAACAUUUAAGGUACCUAAAUUUUUCUCACACUUCUAUAAAAAGCUUGCCUGAGUCAGUAAGUACCCUCUAUAAUUUAGAAACCCUCCUAUUGAAGGAAUGUAAAUACCUAGAGAAGCUACCUUCAGAGAUGGAAAAGCUAGUCAACUUAUGCCAUCUUGAUAUGACUGGUGCAGAUAGGUUAGAAGGUAUGCCAAGUAAUUUUAGCAUGCUAACUAAUCUUCAAACACUUUCCGUUUUUGUUUUGGGUAAAGGCAAGGGAUAUCAAAUAGAGGAGUUAAAGGAUUUGUCAAAUCUCAAGGGUGAACUUUGUAUUUUAGGAUUACAGAAUAUUGUUGAACCUCGAGAUGCAUGGAUGGCUAAGUUAUGUGAUAAGUCAAGACUUGAAAAGUUGGAAUUUCAGUUUGAAUGGUCAUCAGCUCGAAAAUUUGAGAAUAGAAUAAAAGAAGUCGAGAAAAAAGUGUUGGAUGGACUUCAACCUUCAAAAAACCUCAAGGAGCUUACCAUUAAGUACUACUGUGGUGCAAUGCUGGCAAAUUGGGUAGGAGAUUCGUCCUUCAAUGGUUUACAAUCUUUAUGCAUUGAUGAUUGUCCAAAUUUAUUAUCACUGCCAUCAAUUGGGAAGUUGCCAUUGUUGAAGAUGGCAUGCAUUAGGAGAUUGGAAAGUGUAACUAGUGUAGGAGAUGAGUUCUUUGGAGAGAACACGAAGAUAGCAUUUCCUUCAUUGGAUAUUCUAGAGUUUGUCGACAUGCCUGAAUGGGAGAACUGGAACUUCUUUGAAGUUGACAAGGAAGCUAGGAAAUUCCCUAAACUUCGUGAACUCCUUAUUCAAAGUUGUCCUUCAUUGUUGGGGAGUAUACCGGAAUACCUUCCUUCUUUGGAGAAACUUACAAUUCGCGACUGUAAGAAGAUGAUAAUUUCCAUUCAAGGCUUUCCAAUGCUUUCAGAAAUAGAAAUUCAUAGGUGCCAUGAGGUAGUGUAUAAAGGCUUUGCAAAUGACAGUUCAUUAGAAAGAGUUUUAUUUUCGUGCAUUCCUAAGUUCACUUGUGCAGUGGAAUGCAUGAGGUUAAGACCAAUAAAAGUGGAAUCUCUUGAGAUUGAUGAUUGUGAGGAGUUGUUUUCUUUCCGAGAGAACAAUUGGAGAUGUCUUACUCAGUCUAUGUCUCUCGGCAUUUUAAGAAUUUCUACUUGUCCGCAACUUGCCUCCAUAGGAGCAGAAGAGGAAAGACAAGAAUCCAUGCAAUUGAAGAUCCCUUACAACAUUGAGAAACUGAUGAUAAGGAAUUGUGAAAGGCUAGAAAAGCUAUCAACAACCUUACACUGCCUCACAUCAGUUAGGGUGAUAAAGCUUAACAAUUGCCCAAAAUUGAUUUCUCUUACAGGGAGCAAUUUGCCUUUGAAUUUGAAAGUGCUGAGUAUUCGCUCUUGCAAAAAAUUGCAAUGUUUGUUGUUAGAUGGAGGAGGGAAUGUGAACUCUAGCAAUGCAUGUGCUCUUCGGCGGUUGGUUAUUUCCGAUUGUGAAUCUCUAAAGAGAAUAAACAGAAGUGAGUUACCUUCCACCCUUAAACAACUUACCAUAAGCUGGUGCCAAAAGCUAGAGUUGGUAGCCCAAGAAAUGCAAGAUAACUCCUCUCUUGAAUUACUUCAUAUAAGUUCCUGUGAUAAUAUCAAGGAAUUACCUCAAGGAUUGAGCAAGCUCAAGCAUCUCCAGAGUAUAUGCAUAUCAAGUUGUUCAAAUUUGAUUUCAUUUCCGGAGAGUGGUUUACCCACCACAAACCUCAAAGUCCUCCGCCUCCGAAGUUGUGAACUGCUCCAAACUCUACCUAAGAAUAUGUACUGCUUCAACUCUCUAGAAGAGUUAACAAUAACAAAGUGUCCAAAUGUGACAUCUUUCCCUGUCGAAGGCCUUCCUACCAACCUCCUAUCACUUAAUGUUGAAGGACCUAAUAUUUGUAAGCCAAUAAUUGAGUGGGGAUUGCAUAGGCUUACUUCUCUUAAAUAUCUCUGGAUAGAGAAUGGGUGUCGAGAUGCGGAAUCGUUUCCACAAGAUGAGUUAGGAAUCACACUGCCCCCCACUCUUACCCGUCUCUGCAUCUAUGGAUUCCCAAAGCUGGAAAGCCUAUCCUCCUAUGGAUUUCGUAACCUCACCUCUCUGGAGUGGUUGUUCAUCUAUGAUUGCCCAAAUCUCAAGUCUCUUCUUGGAAAGAACAUGCUGUCUUCGCUUUUGCUGCUACAAAUUCAUAAAUGUCCGGUGCUAAAAGAACGAUGCAAAAAGGAAGAAGGACCCGACUGGUCCAACAUAGCCCACAUACCUUUUGUCUACAUUUCAAACUAAAAGAUGUGAAAGUUGGGAGGCUUGAAUUAUUCUGUUGAUGCUUCAGCUGAUUCUGUUUUUGAAUCAAAGUCGCAGACACUUAUGAAAGUGACUACAAGACUUGUAUAUGCUAGUUUUGCAUGGUCAAAUUUGUUAGCAGUGGUUCCAGCUCCUGAAUCUCAGCUUCAAAGUCGAUCUCUGUUGUUGGAAUUUCCUGACUCUCAUUUUUUAUUAUCAGUUGACGAUAGCUAAAGUAAUGUAUUUAUUGUGGUGGUUGAAAAUUGUGAUCUUGUAGCCACUCUUUCAUGUUAUAGUUGCUAAGGGAAGUCCUAUUAAAGUAUAAA